AUUACAACAAGUGCGGAAGUAUUAAGUGGAAUAACCUAUAGUGAAGUAACCUAUAGCUACUACUCACUUACUCACUACUACAACAAGUGAGGAAGUAUUAAUAACCUCGCUAACAGAGGGAUAAUGACUAUCGGGAGGCAGGACAGUAACAGUAAGGAUGAGGGCAAGAAAACCUUCACUUUCUCCAAGACAGGAACUUUACCUACUUUAGAGCGACUGCUCGGGGAGAUGGCAUCCUUAGAGGAGCAGACUCAGGAUUUAGAGAAAAAGAAAGAAGAGAUGAAAGUUAUGAUAGAACUGAACAAGAAGCUAAAAACAAGGAAUCACUUUCUUGAAAGAGAGAACAAUACCCUUAAGCUAGAUAAAAGCUCCCACAGCACCAGAUCGUUUGAUGUAAGCGGAGUUGUGAAGAGUGUGGGGUCCUCUGAUGUGGAACUAGUGGUCUUCAACAGGAGACACCCAGCACACGAAGAUGACAGAGUGAUAGUGAAGAUAGUGACUAGUUUUAUCUUCAUGUUCCUGCCUACUCUAAUGGGGGUAGGGGUCUGGGCGGGAUGUCUCCUCCACUCCUCCCGGACCUGGUUCGAGGUGGUGUUGGACUCUCCUCUCAAACUAGAGUUCUACAUCUUCGGAGGGGUAUGGUGUGGUAUAUACGGGACCCUAGGACUGGGAGUGUUCAUGUCCUGGUACCAGAUGGGGUUCAAAAGAGGGGUUCCUUACAUCUUACUGGGCUGCACCGCCAUUCUUAUAGCACUCAGCUACCCUCCUCUCCUCAUUGUGGGGCACUGGUUCCUUCCUUCUAUGGCAGUCAUAGGUUCUCUCUGGUUACUACUGGUGAUGUGUAUAAUGUGUUUCUCGAGAGUCAGCGUGUUUUCAGGAGUUUCUAUUUUACCUGCACUACUCUGGACCACAUACACCGUCAUGUUCACAUUCUUCCCCUUCUACGAUCAGUAUUUCGCAGAGGAAUCAGGAACAGGCUGAAGAAACUACAUAACGUGAUGUUCCGUCAUUAUGUGACGUCAUAGCAUGUGGUGUGACGUCAUAGCAUGUGGUGUGACGUCAUAGCAUGUGGUGUGACGUCUUAAUACGUGCUUUGACGGUUAAAACUUGACGUUUUGACAAAUGGUGUGUUUUUGACAUCUCAAGUCAGAUAGAGAAUAGUAGUAGAGACUCGUCAGAUAUGUUAUCCAACGCGAAAUAUCAGGUGUCUCAAAAACUGAAAAAUAGGCUUGAAUUGGUUUUAUUUACAGCUAUUUCAGAAGACAAGUUAGACAAUGUGAGAUAGAUUAGCCACUAUCAAUUGCAGGAUGAUUAUUUCGUAUGCAUUUCAAAUAGCAGAAACAAAUAUAUGAACGUGAAAUGAUUACAAAUUUCAACUUCAAAAGUAACUGUUGAUUGCAUAAAUAGAUUUUUAUAAAUUAAUAGUCGAAUAAUCUUUGCUGUAAAGAUGAAUAUUCAGUUGAAAAAUUUAAAAUAUAAGCACGUUUUAUUGAUAUUCCAGAAGAAUAAACUUAAAAUUUUUUCACUUGAAUAAUGAAUAUUAAGAAUUUGAAUAAAAUGCACAACACAAUCAAGCAGUUGCUUAAAAAUUGAAUUUUAUGGUUCUGAUUAACGUGAAACCAGCCAAAAACUCAAAGAAAUAAAACUGACUAAAAAGAAUUGAGGGUGAAAUCUACUGCAAUGUAAAAAUAUUCGCUCUUCGAUAUUACUAUUAGCAAACUGUAUAACAUACUGUGAAAAUCUUACUCCG